AUGCCAUUCCCAGUCCUAUUCGCGAUCGACGGCUCGCACCGCCAUGAAAUCAUGCUCGUCGAGUCCACCGACUCGCUCAAGGCCCUCAACGCUAAGAUCUCGUCGCUCGCCGCCGAUUCUCCAAACUGCCAGGAGUUCAUGUCCAAGUACAAGAAGAAGGGCGGGGCGCAGCACAUUACGGAGAUGAAGGUGCGCUGGUCGACUGCUGGGCGGGAAGCAAAGACAUGGCCGGCGACGACGACUGUGACACAAGAUAAUCUUGAAGCUGUCUUGAAGAUGGUUGAGAUUAGCGGUAUCGGGAGGGACGUGCUCGAGGUGAAGCUGGAGGCUGGUGAAGAGGAAGGGAAGGAGUAA